AAUUACCUCCCUCUGACAGGCCAUGUCUGUGAUAGGAGACCGAAGAUCCAGAGAGCAGAAAGCAAAGCAGGAACGAGAGAAGGAACUGGCCAAAGUUACUAUCAAGAAAGAAGAUUUGGAGCUGAUUAUGAACGAGAUGGAGAUAUCCAGGGCAGCGGCUGAGCGCAGCUUACGGGAACACAUGGGAAAUGUCGUGGAGGCACUAAUCACACUUACCAAUUGAGAGCUGAUUUACCAAGGGAGAGAAAGAAUGUUGCCUUUUUUUCAGCAUGUGGUGUACUGUCCUCAACACAUUAAAGCUACUGGAAUAAAAAGUGGCAUUUGCAACACGAUGUGGUUUACAUGGGAUUGAACAGGAUCCACUGUAUGACCUCUACCCCUUCUGUGGGGUAAGACUGGUGUUAGAAACAGACCUAUUAGCUCUUCCACAUGAAUGGAACAUCUUUAUUAAUGUCCAAAAUAACAUUUUUGUUGGCUUAAUAAAACAUACUAUAACACAAAACAGUGUACAAGCUUAAUCAGACUGCAUGUUACAAAAACAAUAUAUAAAGGGGGGCUGGGGCAGCAGAUUUUUGCAGGUCGUGAGCUGGUCCUUGAUGCACUGUUGGCAUUCUGGGAGCAAGUAAUAAACAAAAAGAUUCUUGCGAUAGGAAACAUAAAGGCCAGUAAUAGACCAAAUGUCUCUUAACAGGAGGACGGGUAGGCAGAUCCUUUGAUGGCUGAGAGCGGAGAAGCACUUGGUGGUCUUUGGGCAAAACUGCCCAAAGGUGGCUCCAGUUGACUAAUGCCAAUGGAUCACCUUUGCUUCAUCAUCUCCAGCAUUAAGUGCAAUGGCUGCAACCUUGCAGAGCUGCUCAGCAUUUUACACAGGACCAGCUCUGAAGCUCACACCUGCUUUUAUUUUUCAUUACUUCCUGUUUGCUGAAGGGUUCUGGAUAACUUGACAGCUUGCAGACAGUUGUGUGGAGUGAAAGGUAUUAUGUGGAUUUUGCUUUUAGUUUUGGAUUUUACCGACUACGUUUUCCCUACUAACUUGUGCAUGGAGAGUCUGACUUCCAUCUGUCACUCAAGUUUAUGCUUUCAGUUUCUGUGGCAGGCCGUGGCUGGCAUGUUGUGGUAUGAAGACAGUUAAACUAUGGGCACAGAGGACAUACCAGCAGUCCCCAUCAUCUGACUGUUAACCUAUUUUAAAAACUGCCAGUCAUCUUAUGGAAAUGAGCACAGCCCUGUUAGGGACAAGGAGAAAACUGAUGAGGCCUCAGCCCCAGCUGGGUGUUUGCAUCAAGCCACAGAGGCCACAUCGUCAGAGCUUCACUUCUGCCACCCGCAGGCCUUAGUUACAGCUGUCACAGCGCUUCCUCCCGCCCACCAUCAAGCAGCACAGCAGCAGUAUUGUUUAAAAAACCCUUUAAUAUGGUUUCAUUUUACUUUCCCUCGCUUGCAUAAAGAACAAAAAAAAAAUUUACAAUCUGUC